UAGCUCUUGUUGACGUCUCUUAUUCGAGGCAGGUGCUUCGAACAUGGAUUUGAUGUCCUUGCUGAAUUCGAAGCCUCAUUUAGACCUCCAAUCAGGAGGCGGAAUUCUAAGGGGAUUACUAGAACAAAACCGUGUUCCGAGUGGUUGUACAGACAGUCUCGACAGCAUCGAUCAAAAGACAAAAUAUGGUCGCGUCUUGAUAUUAGCUAAUGGGGAAUAUACCGUUGCAUGUAAUGCUUGCAAUGGUCGUUUCGAUACUGUGGAAUCUUUGAGCGAUCAUUUGAAGACUGUUCAUUGGGACUACUAUGUGCGGAGAGAUGGCUGGAUUAAAACUACUAACAGGAAGGAGCCAAUUGGCAAGAGGUUCAACGUUAAAUAUCAAGAAUGCAUCCCAGCAGAUAUCUCUGCCCACGGGGCAUCAGAUCACCCAUUGUCCAAGGAAUCUUUUACCAAUGUUCGGCAAAAUGUUGUCACUAAGGCGAAUCGCAAAGUUAAUAAAAAACCAACUGUGGUAGUUACGGCCGAACCGAAAUAUGACGAAAAGAGACUGUUUUGCAUCACUUGCGAUCGCCAGCUGACCUCGAGAAGAAACUUUACGCGUCAUAAAUAUUAUCACAAGGAAUGUUUCCGUAAACAUGGGGCCCAUUUGACUUGCGAUAUUCAAGAAGAUGUGUCGACCGGAAUUGCAAUAAAGGAUGAAUUAGAUUUUGGUGACUACGAAAUUCAGGAUUCAGCUUACAAUGAAGGAAGCGUUGAAACCAGCGAUAAUGAUGACAAUACUGAACGGGGGCAAACGGAUUCAAAUGAUUCCCUCAAUCCACUUUCUCGGAAUCAUGAAAAUUUAUCAAAGAAUUCUUGCAGCGCCGAUGUGAUGAGGGAACCGACUGGUACGACGAAUGUUAAGUUAGAAGCUGUUGAUCCAGAUGAGGAAAUGGAACUUCGUGAAGACAGUAUUCCAACAAAUAGAUUCCCACCGAAAGGCAUUUUUAACUCCCAUGAACUACGGGACAACAGGAAGAUACGUGUGAAUUAUUCGGCUAUUGACAAACUAAGAUUUUCACCGGAGAAAGAAGUAAAAUUCGUGUUUUCUGAAAAUCCUAAAUUCGAUGAUGAAAACCACUUUUGUAUCACAUGCAAUCGUGGCUUUGCCUCCAGAGGUAGCUUAGGACGUCACAAAGGAUUACAUACAAAGCAAAUUAUCGAAAGACAAGGGAAUCUGUCGAAAGACACAAUUCGUUGCAACGAUGACGAUGUGGAACAUGUGAAAGGAGAUGCGAAUAGUUCGCUGGAUUCACAUUAUUUUUCUGAUAACUCUUCGCAGUCGAGCUAUGAGAAGACGCAAAGCCAAACCUCUACAAUAACUGAUACCCAAAAGGGAGAAGAACUGACGGGUGGACGAACUGUUCGAGUAGAACUCACUUCCCCAGACCGAUCUAAUGAAAGCAAUGGACAAUAUCGGACGAAAGACGCUGAUCAAAAGCUGAAACCGAAUUCCGGUAAACCGAUCGUUUUUACGUUGGAGCCUCAAUUCAACGAGGAAAACAAAUUUUGUAUAACUUGCAAUCUUCAGCUGGAUUCGAAGAAAGCUUUCAAAGUGCACAAACACGGUCAUAAUGCUAAAAUCCGGAUUUGGAAAAUCGCUAAUGGCAUUCUCCCGAAAGCCGCAAUUUCUUGCGAACUUUGCUCUAAUCUAUUUAGAUCAGAAGCUGGUUUGAGAAAACACGUUGUGAAACAUCAUGGAGAUGAAAUUCCGCCAUCCCUCAGAGACGAUCCAACUUACCUUCAAUGUCGAUUUUGUUUUAAAGAAUUUGAAAAACCAACAGAACGUUAUGAACAUGAGAGAAGUCACGGUAGAGACGAAAAGCGGUACCAAUGCUCACAAUGUCCGAAAUCUUUCGUAAAUCGCUUCAAACGCACAAUUCACGAAUCACUCCAUCGAGAAAACAGAUGGAAACCUAAGGUACAAGUAAAAAUGGUGUUUUCUGAAAGUCCCAAAUUCGACGACAAGAAGGGCAUCUGUAUAACAUGCAAUCAUAAAUUUACCUCUAGACAGAACUAUAAUGUUCACAAACGUAGACAUAGAAUAAUAAUUCGCGAAAAACAAGGCAUUGUGCAGAAAAUCGCGACAUAUUGCGAGCUUUGUUCUAGAGAAUUCAAAACAGAAGACGGCCUACGCCGACACGUAGUACCAAAUCACGGCGAUAAGAUCCCAAUGUUCCUUAAAAACGAUCCAACCUACCUUCAAUGUAAGUUUUGUUUUAAAGAAUUUGAAAAACCAACAGAACGUUACCUACAUGAGAAAAAUCAUCCCAAAGUAGAGAUGCCAUACCAAUGUCGAUUGUGCCCACAAUUGUUCAGGAAGCUGUGCAAUCGCAAACAUCAUGAACUAAGUCAUAAAGCGGACGAAAAGCAGCCAGGGGAGCAACCAAGCUUCGUUUUUUCAGAGAAUCCCAAGUUCGAUGACGAGAAAUGCUUUUGCAUAACAUGCAAUCGUCAGUUUGUUUCUAGAGCAAGACUUCAUCGUCACAAGCGAACACAUAAAAUGAAGAUUCGUCUAAAACAGGACACUCUGCCGCCUAAAGUUAUAACUGAUUGCGAAUUUUGCAGUAGACAUUAUAAAACAGAGGAUGGUUUGCGGCGGCACCUCGUAACGGAUCACGGAGACAACAUUCCGUCUUCCUUCAGGGACGAUCCAACCUACCUUCAAUGCAAAUUUUGUUUUAAAGAGUUUGAAAAACCAACAGACCGCCACCGACACGAGGAAAGCCACCCCAGAAAAGAAAGAUCUUAUAAAUGCCCACACUGCCCGCAGUUUUUCAUGACGCUCUACAACCGCAAAACUCACGAAGUAACUCAUAAAGGAGGCGGACGAAAGCCAGCGGAGAAAAUCGUUUAUUCUGACAAUCCUGAAUUCGAUGGUAAAAACUGCUUUUGUAUAACAUGCAAUCGCGAAUUUACCUCUAAAAUCAGUUUUAACAAUCACAAAAGAAAGCAUCGAAUUGAGAUUGGUAUCAGGCAAGGCACUCUACCGAAAGCCACUCUACCAAAAGCCUUAUUUCGUUGUGAAUUUUGUUCUAAAACAUUCAAGUCAAACAUCGGCUUGAGAGAGCAUAUUCUGCCUAAUCACGGGGAUGCUAUCCCAACAUUCCUCAAAGACGACCCAACGUACCUUAUGUGUCGGUUUUGUCACAAGCAAUUCGAAAAACCCACAGAGAGAUACAGCCAUGAAAAAAUUCACGAAAAUGAAGAAAAACCGUUUAAAUGCUCAACGUGUUCGAGGGUUUUCAGCAGGAACACGGAACGCAAGGAACAUGAAACCGUUCAUUCACAAGAUCGUCCAUUUCCCUGUCCACACUGUCUUUAUUCUGCUAAAAUACGGGCAAGACUUAAUCGACAUAUCCUAAGAGUUCAUUCUGGUAAAAAAUCAACUCGAUGUAAAAUUCCCGGAAACUCCGAAUCCCAUGAACUAAGAACCAACUCUGAGGAAGAGCAAUUCGAAACUAAUACAUCUAUUGGGGUCAAUGGAGAACUUUCUAGUCAAUUAAACACGACAAGGAAGGCUGCCUCUGUUCAGUUAGAAGAAGCCACUAAUGAUAAAACAUCCUUUUCCGAAGACAUUUCUAAUAAUAAAUAUUUUGUUUAACAAUUUAACA